CAGACUACACCUCCUCCUGAACUCACAGAAGUACCAGCUGAGCAGCACAGGACGACACACAGUCUCACUGAGUCAAUAGACAUGGAGGAUGGGAAGCCUGAUCUGCUGUUAGUCAAAGAGGAGACAAUAGAGGACGGACCAGAGAGCAUUGAUCUUCUGAGUGGACUAAAUAUGGGGGAGCAAGGUGAUUGGAUGGAGGCUAAAAGAGGAGACUGUGCGGCCAUCUUCGAUUCCCAGACCCAGACUGGUGCAGCCAAGGACCGAGGGGAUGACAUCACUGAGCAGACCAGAGGCGAGUCUGCGGUCCAUGAGGACCUGCUGAUGCCCAGUGUUGCUGACGGGAGAGACUGGACCUCUGAAGCACCUGGUCACAAACCCUGGCCCUGGAUCAGAACCCUGGAUCAGGACCCGUUGCUCUUCCUUCCCAAGUCAGGACCAGGACCGAACCACGAAGGACCGGGACUCCACCACCACCACACCGAACACAACCAGUGGACAGGUGGACUGAACAACCUCAGUCCUGGUGGUCAUCAGAGAGACAGAGGCUCCAGUCAGGAAUCCAGUCUGCAGCCCAGACCCUUCUCUUCACAGUCUCAGUGCAGGGAUGGAGCAGGACCUGGGGCUGAUAGAGAUAGACCCUCCUGUUCCUACGAUACAAAGACCACAGUAUCCAUGAUGAACAGAGCAGGUCACCCUGGGCUUCAGCCUUCACAGAGAGUGGUGGGAGACCCCCCUGGUGGUAGUCUAUCAGCAAGUCUGUCUUCUUCUUCAGGAUCUUGUCUAAUGCCUGUUGAAUGGGUUCAUAGGAAGCCUGGGUCCAGCCUUCCUCAGCUACCUCAUGGUUACCCCAUGAAUACAGACAGGGUCAGGAUGGGACGGAUUAGGACGGACGCCGACAAGCCGUAUGCCUGCCCCACGUGUGGGAAGCGCUUCGCUGAGGCGAGCUAUGUGAAGAAGCACUAGACCGUUCACACCAAGGAGAGGCCCUUCAAGUGCAAACUAUGUUACAAGAGCUUCUCCUUUCUGAGUAACCUUAUCAGACAUAGGAGUGUCCACAAUGGGGAGAAAUCGUAGCAGUGUGGCUUGAGAUGUACACAGGGGAUAUGAGAACCAUUCUUUAUCUGACAUAUUAUAGUUAUCAUGUGAAGUGUAUUUGGGUAAGAGGGUAAUUAACCACAUACCCCUCAUUAACCCUUUGUUAACUUGUCAUUUGAAAUAGGCUUGAAUAAAUCUGUUUUUAGAGAGACAGUAAACCUAAGCUAUAAUAAGGAUAGUUGAAUAUUAUCCUUACUGAGGUGAUGUAGAUGGAAUAAAGUAAUUAUUUUCUCUUCGAUUCUUGCUAACUCACUGUUCUUUCUAAAAGAGUCUGUACUCAGCUCAAACGAUAGCAAUAAUAGGAGAUUGUGUAAUGUACACUGAACAAAAAUAUGAAUGCAACAUGUUAAGUGUUGAUCCCAUUUUUCAUGAGCUGAAAAACACGUUGCAUGCACCAUAUGCACAAAAAGCUUAUUUCUCUAACAUGUUGUCCACAAAUUUGUUUACAUCCCUGUAAGUGAGCAUUUCUACUUUGCCAAGAACACCCAAUCCACCUGUCCAGUGGGGCAUAUCAAGAAGCUGAUUAUCAUUAUUUUCUCUUCUGCUCUAUUCUUGCGAACACACUGUCCUUUAGAGCGUUGGGCCAGUAACCGAAAGUUUGUUGGAUCGAAUCCCCUAACUGACAAGGUAAAAAAAUCUGUCCUUCUGCCCCUGAGCAAGGUAGUUAACCCACUGUUCCCUGAGCACGAAAGACGUGGAUGUCGAUUAAGACAGCCCCCAGCACCUUUCGGAUUCAGACACAUUUUCGUUAAAGGCAGUCAGUUGUACAACUGAGUCGGUAUCCCCCUUUCCCUUUGUAAAAAAGUUUGUCACAAAACUUGGCGAGGCCUUCAAAUUAUGUAAACGCCGCGCACAUAUACAUUCAAUAAUGACAAACCGUCCCUUUGCAAGUCAGAAUGUUUAAUAAACUUAAUUUGAACUUACUCCGUGGUGUUCGUCCUUCUGUUGGUAUACAUUUUAGACAAAAUAUCAACAGGGCAGUGUUAUUAACCCGACUUCAAAACACGGAUCUUUGUGUGAGGCAAUCAAGAUUUAUUUUGCCCGUGCACAAUACGGAAGUACGUGCACACGCGACGUUUUCAUGAAACUGAAGUUUGCAGGUGUUUACAUGGUUUAGUGCACGUGCCAGGUGAUCAUAAUUUAAAACGGCAUUAAUGGUGCUCUAAAAAUUCGGGUAAACAAUACUUUGGAUAAUUUGUCUCGAAUGUCGAGCAAUUGAAGGACAAACCGCACAGAUCACCGGUGUAGAGUAAGUUCAAAUGUAAUUGUAUUCAAUAUUCUUGCUUGUAAGGAACAUUUGCACAAUGUUACAUUCGUUUCAGGCUGUAUCUACCAAUUGCAUGGUGUAUUAUAGCCUAAUGAAAUCAGACAAUUAACAAGUCUGUUGUCAUUAUUUAGAUUAGCGUCCCGGUGUUGUGCCGAAAAUCUCCCCCUGACAGAACCCCCCCCCACACUCAAUUCUUCAUUGCUGCGACUUGGUUGCUAUUUGACAUUUCUGCACUUCACUCCGUUGUCAGUUUAGCCUACAUUUCACUUAUCUUAGUAGCAGAAAGCAUUUUUAUUUGUGUCCUUCAAGGCAGCUGUCUGAUCACGUUAGACUGCAUUUGAUUUGAUUUGAUUUUGUAUGGAGGUUUGAUCGCGGGGUAGGUACUAGUAAUGUCUGCAGUUUUCGGUUUGGCUAUUUGUUUCAAGUGUAUUCGUCUAUAAAUAUAUCUCUUUGCCAUAAUUCGUCAUCUGUCCCAUGUCUUAUUCGACUAGUAGUUGUUCUGAAAUGUUUAUUGCUUGUCUACAUUUUACUCCCUCUGUCUAAUAUAACACACAUUUAUUUCGGUUGCCUACUUGAAGUUUGUUCUAUAGAAACUAUUUGACUGAUGUGGGCCACAGAAAGUAUUUGACUCUAGUGACAAAAUUAAGGAGAUUAAUUUUGUCCCCUCAAUCAUUUUUGCAGCUUUGUAUAAUGUUAAAAAUGAUGUUUAAAUGAGUAUAACUAUUCAGUGGUGACCCAUCAGGAGUGGGGUGUAAUAGGAGUGGGGUGUAAUACAUUAUCAGACUCAGAACAUGACAUUAAAACCAGUCCAAUAAUGUUAAUGAACAGUAACACAUACCAGUUUUUAAAAU